CGGACGCCCUCCUGCUAAAAUUAUGGCUUUCGCAGACUUCUAAUCGUUAUUUUUCUUCGAGGGAAUUAAAAUUUUCUAAAUGAGCUUGUUUAAGGAUUUUUUCCACCGCCAAUUAAAAAGCUUUUGACAAACAAUGGAGAUCACGGACGUGAAAGCACGAUGGAAGGAUGUGUGGUUUUCCUUUUGUCUGGCCCUGCUGAUUCUGACCAAAUUAGAAGGAAUCUCUGCUCAGAUAAGGUACUCCAUUCAGGAAGAAUUAAAACCAGGGACAGCGGUUGGAAAUGUAGCCAAAGACCUCGGACUGGAUCUUGGGAGACUGGCUGAUAGGAAUCUUCGUGUUGUGCAAGGAACAAAGCGAGAUCUGUUCGAGGUAAAUCCAAGGGAUGGAGUUUUGUUAGUGAACCAGAGAUUAGACAGAGAGGAGCUGUGUGCAAAAACUGCUCCAUGUGUCACGAAUUUAAAAGCAGUUGUAGAAAAUCCACUCGAAAUGCACCAGGUCGUAGUUGAAAUCCUCGAUGUAAAUGACAAUUCGCCGAAAUUUCCUGAGGAAAAUUACACACUGGAUGUGUUGGAGUCUGCCUUAGUUGGGUCUCGAUUUCAGCUGGAAGGAGCACACGAUUUAGAUGUGGGUUUGAAUUCAUUACAUUCAUAUAAGCUAAAUUCGUACCAGUAUUUUCGUUUGGAAACAGAGGAAUUUGGGGAUGACGGGAAGGUUCCUUUCCUAGUAUUACAAAGACCUUUGGAUAGAGAACAUACAGCUCAGCAUUGGUUACUAUUAACAGCUACAGAUGGAGGAAAACCAUCAAAAUCUGGAAAUAUGAAUGUUACUGUUAUUGUAUCUGACAUUAAUGACAACCCACCAGUGUGUGAAAAACAAAAGUACACAGUAACAAUAAAGGAAAAUGCACCUGCUGGAACAUUUUUGCUGACGGUAAAUGCAUCUGACUCAGACGAAGGGCUGAACGGUGAGAUUGAAUAUUCUUUAAAGCGUAAACUUAGAGGACUCUCGUCCGAUCCGUUUGAUUUGGAUAGUAAAACUGGAAAACUAGCUGUGAAAGGACGCCUGGACUACGAGGAAACGCAGGUUUACGAGAUUAAAGUACUGGCUGCGGACAAAGGUGUUGUGGCUCUGUCCACACUCUGCAGUGUAGUUAUUAGAGUGGAAGAUGUGAAUGAUAACCCACCAGAAAUAGAAAUCACAUCUUUUUCGAGUCGCAUUCCAGAAGAUGCGCCCCCUGGAACCGUGGUGGCAUUGAUGGGUGUGACGGAUCUUGACUCAGGUGUGAACGGACAGGUGGUUUGCAGCGUGCCCCUUCAUUUACCUUUUGAUUUGAAGCCCUCCCCUGACGGUCAGUCAUACUCUUUGGUUACUAAAGAUUACCUGGAUAAGGAAACCACGCAUAUGUAUACCAUUACAGUAACAGCUAAGGAUUUAGGAAGCCCAACUCUGUCAUCAACGAAGGUAUUACAGGUAGAGGUGCAAGAUGUUAACGAUAACAGGCCUCUUUUCACUGAAAGCCCGUAUACCUUUUAUGUACUUGAAAAUAACAAGGCAGGAAUGUCCAUUUUCUCAGCCCUGCCCAUCUGUGGUUCUUAUCUGGUGGAGGUGUACACAGGGAGUGUGCAAAUGAGGCUAGAUAUCAAAUAA